AUGAAGCAAGUGGUGGCAGAAGCUAGAGACAUUCAAAUGUUCAUUUGGAACCACCACACCUCACUUGCUCUCUUUAGAUCAUUUUCAAAGAAAGAGUUCCUUAAACCUAUUGAAACAAGGUAUGCCACUUACUUCAUCUUGUUGGAGAGGAUGCUUGAGGUGCAUGAUCCUCUACAACUGAUGGUGGUGAAUCCUGAAUAUGUUUGCUUUGUCAUCUCACCUAUUGUAGAUGUCAUUAGAUAUGCUGAUAUAGACUCUCCUAGUCUUGGAGAGAUAUAUGAGACAUUUGACAGUAUGCUUGGGAAGAUUAAGCAAACAAUUUUGGCCAAGGAUCCUACUUUGGGGUUCUAUGAGCAACAUAUUAGGCCCAUUGUGACACAAAGGUGGAACAUAAUGAACACCCCGCUUCAUAUGGCAGCCGAUGCAUUGAAUCCCAAAUGGUAUGCACCAAAGGAUGGAAGGUUGCCUCCAUGUGACAAUGAUGAGGUUUUAGAUGGGUUCACGCGAGCCAUUGAUAAGAUAUAUACAGAGGAGCAAGCUUCCAUACUUCGUGCACAAUUCCUUGACUUCACAAAUCUUCAUGGUCCUACAUUGAGUAAACCACAGGCGAGUCGCUUACUUUCACAGGUUGCUAGUUCCUCUGCUACAAAGAGGAAUUGGUCCACAUAUGGCUUUAUCCACUCUAUCAAGAGGAAUAGACUUACCUCUAGACAAGUGGAGAAGCUAGUGGCCAUGCAUAGUGCUCUUCGACUUCAGGAUCGUCAGAUUCCAGAGUAUCGACAGACUCCAGCUUUAUGA